GCUGUCAUUUUUGAUGCAACUGAGUCUCAGCAACUCUGACGCUUUCAUUAUUGCCGUCAGCACCGAAGCAGCUCCGGAGGUGCAGCCGGCUCUGGGAAAGCUUCAUCCCCCUCGGGGCGCAGAGACACGGCUCUGUUGAGGGUUUUUAACUCCCGGGUGAUGGGAAAGGGAUGAAUCCCUGGACUGCUCGCACUGUUCCAGGCGCUGUCGCUCCUUUGUGUCGCUGCUGCUCCGCGGGCGCCGCCGGGGGAGGACGAGGAGGAGGCGGUGGAGGAGGAGGAGGAGGAGAAGAAGAAGGAGGGGUUGAUGGAGCGAGGUCCUGUGGCGACAGCCGAGCUGGAGGCUGCUGCUGGUGGCUCUCUCCCGUUGGUUUGGCCGCUUGGUCCGUGUUUUUGGAAGGACAGCCUGGGUGGAGGGUCCGGGUGGAGAAAGCCACAGGAUUUCACAAAUAAAUUCUGCACCAAGCCCACGACGUCUGUGAGGUCUCCACUUGCCCUUAUGGACAGCCUCCAUAUAUGG